AUGAUGUCUGAAACCAGCAGCUGUAGUUCCAAAGAAGAAAAUAUAAAUGAUGAAUCCAUGCCAAUUAUACGUGAAUGUGAUGAUCAGCAGCAGAUUAUAACUGAAAAUGUAACAGUGAAACUUGAAAACCAAAAUACUGAGUCAACUUCUGAGGUUGAAUCCAUAACAUAUGAGUUAGAUGAAGAUGAAUGUAUUGAUGAUGAUUUACCAGAAGGAUGGAUAAAAUGUAAUCAUGACAGUGGUAUGCCGGUUUAUUUAAAUGAAGAAAUGAAAGUUUGUUCAUUUUCAAAACCAUAUUUUCUCGGGGUCAACAGUCUCAAAAACCAUAAUAUUCCAGUGGCAAAUAUUCCUUGCUUAGAUUAUAAACUAAAAUUACAAAAAAUGAAUGCGGAAAAUGAUGAAGAGUUGAACAAAUGUCCUGUAACAUUAAGUCAUGAACAAUAUCGAGAAUAUUGUAGUAAAAUAUUCAAAUUUAAAAAUAUUAAAUUUAUGAGAUUUAGUUCUUGGGAUAAGCGACGUGAAUAUAUUAGAAUGGUAAAAGCUGAUCGAAGGCGUAAAGAUCUUCCAAAAUUAAAAGACAAGUCUCAUUUAAUGUCGUUUCCAGUUCAAGAACCAGAUGUUAAAAGUGAUUGUAAUACAUCCAAUCCUGAAGAGCAAUGGACUAUUAAUUUAAAUGGUAAAAGCUAUGUCAGCAUAUUGCACGAAUACAUCCAACGUGUACUCAAAACACAGCCAUCAUAUGAAUUUAAAGAACUUGAGAAUGCCAGGUAUCCUUACUUAGCAACAGUAAUCCUAGAUGGCAUGCAAUAUGGUAUUGGAAUUGGUUCAAGCAAAAAACAAGCAAAACUUGAUGCUGCUAGAGCUACACUAGAAAUUCUAUUGCCGUCUGUCAAAAAUCAUAUUCAAAUUAACCGUAGACAUGCAAUGAAUGAACGUCAAGGUUGUAGUAAUUUUGAUGGAGAUGUACUUUUUGAUAAACUAAACAUUAAAGACUCCAGAAUACCAGAAUUUUGUGCUCAAGCUGCCGAAUCUAUGCCAUAUGAUAUGUUGCAAAUUUGUGUAAAAAGAAACUUUGGUGAAGAUGCAUAUGUAAAGUGUGAAAUGCAAAGUAUGCAAAGUGGAUCUGACUCUGAAAUUUUUUAUCGUUGCACCAUGACUGUUAAGGAACAUUCUGCCACUGUUAUUUGUAAAAAUAAACGUGAAGGACGGCAAAAAGGAGCUCAAGCUUUAUUAAAGGUGUUACAUCCUCAUAUUAAGUAUUUUGGGUCUUUAUUAAGACUGUACAGCCAUCAAAAUGUUGGAAGUGGCUGUGAGAAAAAACUAGAUGAACCUGGAAAUCAAAGCCCAAAGCCUAGAAGUGGUCCAAAUUAUGAAAUACUGAAAAAAUUGAGAGCAGAAAUGUCCAAACUAUAA